AUGGCCAGGCGAAACGGGGACCUCAUGUCCCUGAACGAACGACAUGGCUCGGAAAGCUCCACUAGCAGCUAUCGUUCGCAGUCAACAGUGAGAGAUGACACUGCUGCGAACGGGUUGCGAAAUGGGAAUGGUAAUGGCCGCCAGACACCGUCGCAGUCAGGUCUGAAAAGGUACCCCUCUGGCCGACAAGGUGAUGCACCCACACCUCCCGAGCUAUAUACAUCGAUGUUUUCUCACUCCCCCUCCAUAUCCCCGACUGAUCUACGCAGGCCCGGCCCUGGUGUGCCAAAUCAUCGCAAAGCAUUGGCAAUCUUAGGUGCUGAUGAUUACUUCUCUCUAAACUCGGCGCCACCGCCACCACCUCCUCCUGCGUCCGGAUCUUAUCAAAUCACCCUCAAUCCGAUAGCCCACGACCCUUUUCGCGCAUCAUGGGCGGCACCAGCGUCACCAGCGUCACCAGUACCGCAAGACAAAACCGAACCUUUCCACCGUAACUCUGGCACUUUCCUUCAAGAUGCGUCCGAGCACGAGGUCUCGCCGAUUACUCCCUCGUUCCGUCCCGGUAGUGAGGCCACCUCAGAUUCCGAUGUCCACGAUUUCGGUUACAAGGAAUUUAGACGAGAGUCUGCUGCAAGUGCAACAAGCAGUAACUCCAAGUCGAGCCAGAACGGACAUUUCCGUAAGCGGCUUCAUGGGUUCUUUGGGAACGGCACCGGAGACGAAAAUGCUUCUGCGGAGAGCAGUAGGCGUGAACAUUCCGAACCUAAUACUCGAAACCGUGAGACUCCCGUGUCACGACAUCGAAAUGAUUCAACGGCGUCAAAACCUUUAUCGGAGAGCUCUAAAGCUCGAACCAUAUCACCACGGCCCUCAAGACCACUGACACCAGCACCCUCUAGUGAAGUCACCCCGUGGAUUUUCCAACAAUACAACGAUAUCCCCCACUAUGGUGAGGCACCCAUACGGAAGGAGCCCACUGGCCCUGACAGUCAACGUUUUACCAAUGGCAAAGCCGCGUCUAUCAAUUCCGACCACAAAUCCUCACAUAAACUUCCUUUUCCGGGACGACGCCAUUCUCGAAGCAAGGAAGGAAAACCCACAUCUGCUGGGUCUUACGAGUCUACCUUUCGGUCGACUGGUUCUGCCAACCCUCAAGAUGCCGAUGCAGGCUCCCAUAUUCGAGACGCCGGGGGUUUAUUGGCAUCUACCGCAAUGAGUUCAACGAGUACUUUGGCCGGACGUCCUACAAGUCCCACCCCUAGUGCUCAAAGCUCCAUAGUUCAGAGAGAUACUGGCUCGGGCCAUGACUCUCCAGGUCCUAAGCGUGGUUUUAUUAGGCAUUGGAUACUUGGGGGCAGCAAGUCUUCUAAUUUGAAAAGCCUACCAGGUUCAGAAAAAAACUUGCAUGAUGCCAUACGAAGUGCUGCCAAGGGGCCCAAACGCGACACCUCGCCUUAUCGGCAUCGCCAGGGUAGCCUUGAUGAUGGCGUGGGAAGACAUGGUGAAAGCCUCGAGUAUGACCGCAAGAAAGAUGGGAGAGGCCUAGGCAUUCGUUCUCACGGGGUCAAGAAAGUCCGAAAACACACUGCAAACAAGUCGCCAACACGGCGAGAGGAGAAUUAUUUUCCACUUGACACUAAUCUUGAUAAUAUGGAAGGCAUAGUCAGCGGACCCAGACCACUUUCGCCUAACAACCAACCAGCGAUCUUCGACGGUACUCUGGGGGAGGACCGACCGCCGCAAGAAAAUCAGGUUGGCGAUUGGAAUGCUCCUGAUAGUUGGCGAGUUAUAGAGCGAGGCGACGAUGUUGUGCGUGGUCUUCCCGAGAUAGAUGACGAGCUCGAAGCUGCCGCCAUACAUGACAGUUCUAGUUAUUUCAUUCGUGUCUUUCGCAUUGACUCAACGUUUGCAACACUGUCAGCUCCUCUGCAUGCAACAGUCUCAGAUAUUCUGGAAUUGCUUGGGAAGAAGUCUUUUCUUCAGGAUGACUUGAAAAACUAUGAAAUUGUCAUGCGCAAGAACGAUCUGUCAAGGCAACUUGAACAUGGGGAACGUCCUAUUCUACUACAAAAGAGGCUCCUUGAACAAGUGGGCUACCUGCCGAAGGAUAGAAUUGAGGAUGUCGGCCGUGAAGAUCAUAGUUAUAUAUGUCGAUUUAUAUUCCUGCCCACCAAACUUAACAGCUAUGUCACUUUGGAUGCUGACCCUGGAUUCAACAAGAGUCAGAAGUUCAGUCACGUUGAUCUUCAAGGACGCAGUCUUGCUACGAUACCAAUAAGUCUCUACAAGAGAGCGCCUGAGAUCAUUUCUUUGAACCUAUCACGCAACCUAGACAUGGACGUGCCGUCAGACUUCAUAACGAGCUGUAUCAACUUACGUGAAAUCAAAUUCAUGAGCAAUGAAGCCUGGCGCCUACCAGCCAGUUUCCGACUGGCUACUCGACUUACAUACCUCGAUGCCUCUAAUAACAGGCUUGACACGCUGGACCAUACCGAUCUAUCUGAGCUACAUGGUCUUGUCAGUAUCAAAUUGGCGAAUAACAAAUUGUCAUCUUUGCCAAACUAUUUCAGGGAUUACUCUUCAUUGCGAAGUCUGACACUCUCUUCAAACAACUUCAAGAUUUUCCCGGACUUUCUCUGCGAUCUUCCAAACUUGGUCGAUCUUGAUAUUAGCUUCAACAGCAUUCGUGAACUACCACACAUAGGCCGCCUCACACAGCUGGAGCGCCUAUGGGUGACGAAUAACAAGUUGUCCGGGCCUCUUGAUAAGUCGUUUCAAGGUCUAAAAAGCAUAAAAGAAAUAGAUGCUCGGUUUAAUGACAUUGAAAAUGUUGACAGCAUUAUGCAAUUGCCUCGACUGGAGCAGUUGUUGCUGGGACACAAUGCCGUGACGAGAUUUAGGGGCAGUUUUCCCAAACUACGAACACUGGUACUUGACCAUUGUCCAAUUACGCAGUUUGAGUUGGAUGCUCCUAUACAGACGCUUACUUCUUUGAAUAUCGCCUCAGGGAAAUUAGUGCAACUGAAAGAUUCGACUUUUGAGAAUCUUCCCAACCUCACAAAGCUGAUUCUAGACAAGAAUUUCUUUUCGUCACUUUCGACUUAUAUUGGCAAGUUGCGCCGUCUCGAGCAUUUCAGCAUCAUCAAAAAUCCUUUGAAAUCAUUGCCACCGACAAUCGGUUGUCUGUCAGAACUCAAACAUUUGAAUCUGAGAGAAUGUAAUUUGGAACGGCUACCGUCUGAGAUCUGGUUUUGUUUGAAGCUCGAACACUUGAAUGUUUCUUCAAAUAUACUUGAUGGGUUUCCAAAGCACACCGGCCAACCCCCAGUACCACCCGGGGAGUAUAUAUCGCCUUCACAAGCGACAACACCUGGCUUGUCUAAUUCUCCAAGCUACGAGAAUAUGGCUUCUCUUGAUGAAGUUCAAUCACGGCGUCCAAGUCAGAAUUCAGGGGGUCUAUUGAGUCUUGCCGGGGGCUCGCCUAGUAUCGGUCGCAACAACUCGUUACAGUCGAAUUAUGUUCCUGGUAGCCGCAAAGCUUCGACGGCAUCACGAGCGUACACAGAUGGAUCUGGUUCCACUAGAAAAGAUUCAAACUUUGCACAAAGACUUGCCACAACGUUCUCUGGAUCCCUUCGAAAUCUGUACCUAGCAGAUAAUCGCCUGGAAGAUGAUGUUUUCAGAGAGUUGGCCUUCCUCCCUGAAUUACGUGUCCUCAAUCUCUCAUACAAUGCUUUGACUGAGGUACCUCAAGGUUAUCUCAAGAGGUGGCAAAAUCUGACCGAUAUCUUUCUUUCUGGCAAUGAACUCGCAUCAUUACCUUCUGAUGACUUGGAGGAAACGAGCAAUCUCAAGACUAUUCAUUUGAAUGGGAAUCGGUUCCAGGUCUUGCCAGCGGAGCUCUGUAAGGUCAGCAAAUUGGCUAUACUGGACGUGGGCAGCAAUCUGCUCAAGUAUAAUGUCUCCAACUGGCCUUACGAUUGGAAUUGGAAUUGGAACCGUAAUCUCAAAUACCUCAACUUUUCCGGGAACAAACGGCUAGAGAUCAAACCGAACAUUGCUUCUUUGGGGUCAAACUCUGUCAAUGGAACCGAUUUGACCGGAUUUAACUCACUGACGCACCUGCGUAUCUUGGGUCUAAUGGACGUGACCUUGACAAUUAAAACGGUUCCCGAGGAAACGGAGGAUCGACGUGUCCGUACUUCGGCGUCGCUUGCAGGAUCAUUGGCAUACGGAAUGGCUGAUUUCCUUGGAAAAGACGAGCAUUUAUCUAUCAUUGAUAUGAUGGUUCCUCGUCUGCGUUCUGAUAACAUGGACACGUUGGUUGGCAUGUUUGACGGCCAGUCCCAGUCCAUUGGUGGUUCCAAGAUUGCGAAAUUUCUUCACGAAAACUUCACGCACUGCUUUGUCGAUGAGCUGAAAAAGCUGUCGCCUGAUACGGACACUCCGCUAGACGCACUGAGAAGGACUUUCCUUACAUUGAACAAGGAUAUGGCGGGGGCAGCAUAUAAGUCUAUAGAUGACAAGGAAGUCCGUCAAUUUACUCGUGGUUCUACUGCUGCGAAAUUGCUCAGUAAGGACGAUAUUCACUCAGGAGGAGUUGCCACGGUACUCUACUUGAGAAACAUGGACUUGUAUGUUGCAAACGUGGGUGAUGCGCAAGCGGUCCUAGUCAAGUCAGAUGGAACAAUCAGACCCCUUACUUUCAACCAUGAUCCAGCUGAAACUGGCGAACGAAAUCGUAUACGAGAGGCUGGUGGCUUUGUUUCGCGCAAUGGGAAGCUUAACGACGUGCUUCCUGUCUCCCGAGCGUUCGGUUACUUUCCUCUGAUUCCUUCUGUGGUCGCAGCGCCGCACACUGCUCACUUUACAUUGACCGAGCAAGAUGAGAUGAUCAUUAUGGCAUCUCGGGAGGUCUGGGAUUAUAUUACUUUCGAUCUAGUUGUUGACGUCGCACGCGCUGAACGUAGAGACCUUAUGAUCGCAAGUCAGAAAAUCCGUGAUCUUGCAAUCGCAUUCGGAGCAUCCAACAAGCUAAUGGUGAUGAUUGUUGGGGUGAGCGAACUGAAGAAACGUGAGAGGUACAGAAAGCUUCGAAACGCUAGUCUUUCUGUUGGUCCAUCGUCGUUCCCCGAAGAGGUUCUUCCACCCAAGCGUGCCCGGAGGGCUCGAGAUGCUGUUGGUGACUCCAGACUCGCCCGCUUCAACUUUGUCGAUGCACCCGUUGGAGAUCUGGCUAUCAUUUUCACGGAUAUCAAAAAGUCCACCUCUCUUUGGGAGACUUGCCCGGAGGCUAUGAGGUCUGCCAUCCAAAUCCACAAUGAUAUCUUGCGUCGGCAACUGGGUAUAGUCGGCGGUUAUGAAGUCAAGACUGAAGGGGAUGCGUUUAUGGUAGCAUUUUCAACAACUAGUGCUGCCCUCCUUUGGUGUUUCAAUUGUCAGACCCAAUUACUAGAAGCCGAGUGGCCUAAAGAGAUAUUGGAACAACCGCAGUGCAAAGAACGGUACGAUAAAGAUGGAAAUCUCAUAUUCAGAGGCCUUUCAGUCAGAAUGGGCACUCACUGGGGCGAACCAGUUUGUGAGAAAGAUCCGGUAACGAAUCGUAUGGACUACUUCGGCCCUAUGGUCAACCGAGCGUCCCGUAUCUCAGCUGUUGCCGAUGGAGGACAAAUCUUUGUGUCCUCUGAUUUCAUGAGCGAGCUUCAACGAACUAGUGAAGUCUAUGCAGAAAGCGAGCGGUCGCUCUCUGUAAGCUCGGAAAGCGACUACGGAGAUCCUCUACAAAACAUCCGUAGAGAACUACAACAACUCAACAGUCAAGGAUUCAUUGUCAAAGAUCAGGGCGAGAAGAAACUGAAAGGUCUCGAGAACCCGGAAUCGGUCUAUCUCAUUCUGCCACACUCUCUUUCAGGAAGACUUGCAGCCCAGGAAGGUGUUUCCCCAGAUGAAGAUUUGGCGCCUGCAACUAUCAAGAAAGGCUCUCAACUGGAUAUUCGUACGGAUGAGAUUUGGCAACUCUGGGAAAUUACUCUCCGUCUAGAGCGCCUCUGUAGCUCUCUAGAGGCACCUGAGACGAGUGAGACCACCCUGCCCAAUCGCCAGUUGAUGGGGGCAAUUCAAAGAGCAGGUGGUGAACUAGCAGAUGCCACAAUCCUGAGCAUCGUUGAAUCGCAAGUCACUCGAAUUGAGAAUUGCAUCAAUACUCUUGCCAUCCGUCACAUGAUGCAUCCAUUCAAACAGGGAGGUUCGUUACGUGACCACGCGAUGACCAUGGCGGAAGUUAUCUCGCAGCUCCAAAGCCAACUUGCAGAAUUCCAAGCCCUCAAGGACUAUCUCAAUACAGCUGCAACUGGCGCUCCUGACCCGGCAGCUAUCGUAGGCCGCGAUCUGAAAUCACCCAGUUCUGACAGCAGUAGAGUCAAUUCGAACUCUUCGUCGCACAUACGUCUCCUAUUAUCACCUCCCUCACCCGACCGCUGA